CUUGCAUGCACAAAGUCCAAUCAAAUGUUACCGGAGUAAUAUAGUCUACUACCACGAUCGGCCAAGGCCAGGCCGCUCGUAUAGACGUGGUGUAGCUUGGACCAAGAUCAGGCAAUCCGGAAGCAAAGGCAUGGAACAUGCACCCGCGCCGUGUCAACGCAGACGCGGCCACCGAGUCAGGUGGCUCGCCAAGUUCCGAAAGGCCGCGUUUGCGCGCCCUCCCGUAACGUAGUGUACCGUAAAGCGCACGGUCGCCGCGCGCCGGCCUCGUGAACUGAAAUUAACUGCAACGCGACUCAUGAUUGUUUUUUUUUUAUGAAGGCUCUCGUAGUUGCAUACGGACCAUGAGUGUGCAUAUCUGUCUUCCCGGACUAUCAUGGGCAGCAAUAUUCAGAAGAUCUCCUGAAGCUUCAGACAGGGGGAAAAAAUCAUUAACUGUUGGUCAAAAUAUAUAUUCAUCACGAGUUCACGAGAGCAAAUGAGCAAAAUAGGAUCAACUGGCAGAAUGUACUAAAUCCGUGACAAUUAAUAUGGAACGGUGAAGUAAUACAUAUUCUGAAUUCAAAAAUUGCCGAAGGAUCCUGUGCCAGGGAGUGCUCUAAUCAUAUUAAUUAUUAACUAAAAUCUAAACAGAAGAUAGUUGAAUAUGCCAUGUGCAUCGUCCUUUUGUGCUAAAAGAACUUUAUCAUGUCGUACACCAUAUAUAUAUAUAUAUAUAUCAGUAUAUAUAUAAUACAACCUGCAGCAUGUUGAAACAUGUAUUUGCAAGCACGCAUGCAUGCACCCUACAUUAUCUCUGUUUUCAUAUAUACAUGAAAAAUCUCAUGAUGUUUGCUUGCAUCUUGCACAAGAUCUACGGGAACACCUGCCAGCGAUGCAUGACAUAGCAGGCUGAAGGCAGAGAUACAUAUAUAGAUCGAGAUCGAUUUACGUACGUGCAGUGGGUCGUGGGUGAUCCCCAAGUCCAAAUUAGCUAGAAGGAUCUCAUCAUCAAAUUGCCAAAUUGGCCUGUAGGGACAAAGGCUAUUCAGGCCUGUGCUGGCUCUCCAUCUUAGCUGGACAAUCCCCAGGGGGUAAACGCUUUGCGGGAUCCCAGCUGAAGGCGGCCGAUAAAACUAAUCACCCGCCACGCCCACGCCGCGCGGUCUAUACGCGGCGUCACCUAGAGAAACGGGAGACACAAUUAAGCGCGCAGACAUGGCCACGUGAAAGAUCUCUAGAUUACCAUAUCACUUGACUUCCGGAGUGUGGCAUGGGAAGCUUCUCUUUUUCAUUUUGUGAGGCCUCUACAAGAAACUUUUUAGCUCUAUAUAUAGGCCGGCCGGGUCUAGCCAGGAGUUUGUGUUGUGCCAUCCAUUCUCCAGUGAGCAUAUAUAAGAGAGCUAGCUACAAAUGAACAAGUUUCUGCGGGAGUAUAUAUACAUUAUAUGCUGAUUAGCUAUAGCUUGGGCUAAUUGAAGAGCAUAUAUAUACAUUAUUACUUAUGGAACUUGAAGCUGGGUAUGUAGAUUGGAGAGGGAAUGAUGUGGAUGGAAGGAAGCAUGGAGGCAUCAAGGCAACACUCUUUCUCUAUGUUUUGGCCGUGUUGCGAAGUUGCCCUAGCAGCGCAAACUUCAGCAUUGUGGCCUAUUUCCACGGGAUACUGCAUCUGGAUAUUGUGACCUCGUCAGCUGUGAUCGCCUAUCUGGUCGGCGCUGUGUCAUUCUUUGCUGCCCUGACGAACUUCAUCUCAGAUGCAUAUAUCCAGAGAACCACCGCCAUCUUUGUAUUCGGCCCCUUUGUGGUCCUGGCCUAUAUAUUGCUAGCAUUGCAGGCCCACUUGCCUUCAUUACAUCCUCUGGAUUGUGAGAUAAACAAAGAACUAAACAACUGUGAGCCACCUCAAGGUUGGAACUUAACACUACUCUACUUGAGCUUAUUAAUGUUUGCCAUUGGAGAGGGCUGCAUGCGUGCUUGCAUACCAUUCCUUGGUGGAGAUCAGUUCAGCAAUGAUGGUCCAAAAGAAACACAGCUCAAGGGUAUUUUCUUGAGAUGGCUCAAGUUUGCAAACUCCCUUGGAGCGCUCAUCGGAUUGGUGUUCUUAGUCUGGAUCCAGAACAAUUUGGGCUGGGCAGUUGGCUUUAUGAUACCCGCACUUAUUGUACUUGUAGGGUUGCUUGUGGCAGCAAGUGGACUGCCUUUCUACAGAACACACACCCCUAAUGGAAGUCCUCUGCCUAGAAUAUUGCAGGUUGUAGCGUCAUCAAAGAAGAGGCAAGCUGCCGUGGUAGAUGCUAUCGAGCUGCAAGAGAUUGGCGCAUCAAAUUGUGUUAAUGGGGAAGAUAAAUCCAACAACAAGAUCAUUUGCACCACUCAAGCUGAAGAGGAAGGAGAGGUCAUCAUCCGAAUGCUUCCAAUCUUUCUCAGCUGCUUGCUCAUAUAUCUUCCCUUCACGCUGCUAAUGACAUUAACCAUACAAGUUGGCAGCACAAUGCACAGAGGGAUAGGUGCAAUUCAGAUAUCAUCCGCCUCUCUCAUCGCAAUCCCAACAGCAUUUCACAUGUUUAUGCAACCAUGCUACAAGCGGAUAUUGACGCCGCUGCUAAGAAGAUUCACAGGCCACACAAACAGAAUCACCCCACUGCAGCGUAUUGGUGCUGGCUCUGCAUGUGGGAUAGCAGCAGCCUGCCUUGCCACAUUAGUGGAAACAAGAAGAAUGACAGUCGCAGAACAACAUGGGCUAACAUCGACUAAAGCAGGUGUCCCGAUGUCCGUGUUCUGGCUGGUGAUGCAAUUCUUCCUGUUAAGCAUCAUGGAUGCAGCAUCUUUGACUGGACUGACUGAGUUCAUAAAGAGCGAGUCAUCUCCGGAAAUGAAGCUGGUAGCACCGGCAGUGCAAUCCAUUCUUGCUGCAAUAGCAGCCUGGUUGGCAUGUGCCUUCAUACAGCUAGCAAACAGAGCGACAAGGAAUGGAGACAACGGAAGAGGUUGGUUGGACGGAGCAAACUUCAACAGGACGCGCCUUGAUCGUUUCUUCUUGUUACUCGCAGCCUUCGAGCUGGUGGCACUGAUCAACUAUGCUUUCUGGGCGAGGAGAUACACCAAGAAGGAACAGAGCAGAGCUGUUGGAUUAUCGUCCACAGAUCAGGAAACUAAAUAGCCUAAGAGUGAGAGAUACAUAGGCGAUAGGUCAUAGAGACCAAAGAAAUUUUGAUGAAUUUGCUUUAGUUAGUCUAUCUAUGACAUACAGUGUAACACAGAAAACCUAUAGUAUCCAUCAAUCAACAGUAGCUUGGCAGCACAAAUGAAGAAAUGAUCUAUACACUGUGUGAUACACUGAAA